AUGGGUGUCACCGGGCUGUGGACGGUUGUCCAGCCUUGUGCGCGGCCCAUCAAACUGGAAACCCUCAAUAAGAGACGACUAGCAGUCGAUGCAUCGAUUUGGAUAUAUCAGUUCCUGAAAGCUGUCCGCGACAAGGAAGGCAAUGCUCUUCGUAACUCUCACAUUGUCGGAUUCUUUCGUCGGAUAUGCAAACUCCUCUAUUUCGGCAUCAAGCCGGUUUUCGUGUUUGAUGGAGGGGCACCCAUUCUGAAACGACAGACCAUCGCAUCUAGGAAAAGUAGACGGGAAGGCCGAAGAGAAGAUGCCGUGAGAACCGCUGGGAAACUGCUCGCGGUGCAACUACAGAGAACUGCAGAGGAAGAGGCGGCCAGGCAUAAAACUGAGACAUCCAGAAGACAAGAGGAAGACGUUCCCGAUGUUCCUGUCUACGCCGAGGAGAUCUUAAUGUCAGAAAAUGAAAGACGACAAGCUCGCCAAUUCAAGAAGAAGGAUGCCUACCAUCUUCCCGAGCUACAAGGGUCGCUGGAGGAGAUGGGAGCACCGAAUGAUCCGCGUAUCAUGUCUCGUGAUGAACUAGAAGAAUAUGCGAGACAGUUUUACCGGGGCGAGGAUAUCAAUCUUUACGACUUCUCCAAGAUUGAUUUUGACAGUGCAUUUUUCGUUAGCCUUCCUGCUACAGAUCGGUAUAAUAUUUUAAAUGCCGCCAGACUUCGAAGCCGACUACGAAUGGGAUAUUCAAAGGAGCAACUAGACAUUAUGUUUCCUGACCGCAUGGCCUUUUCCAAGUUUCAAAUUGAACGUGUCAAGGAGAGAAACGAUCUUACACAACGGUUAAUGAAUAUUAAUGGCAUGAACGGCGCCGAUGCUAUGUACGGGAUGGAUUCAGGGCAGAGGAUUGCAGGAGAGCGUGGAAAGGAAUAUGUCUUGGUCAAAGACAAUGAGGUCGAAGGCGGCUGGGUUCUGGGUGUUGUUGGGAACAAGGAAGGAGCACAUGCCGAUAAACCUAUCGAUGUCGAUCGAUAUGGCCAGCAAGAAGUCGUGUUUGCUGAUGAUAAUGAGACAUCCGAUGACGAUGAAGGGUUUGAAGAUGUUCCAGUCGAAGGCCUUAAUAGACUCCCCAAGCUUCCUUUUCUCCAGAAAGGUGUCUUUGACGAGUCAAUCGGGCAUAUGCAAGAAGCCUCUGAUGGACGCGCAGGAAUUGCGGCUGAAGAUGAUUCCCUGUUUGUCCAAGAUGAAGGCCUCCAAAGUCGACAACGUCAUGACAUCGAUAAUUUCUUCGAGGAUAAUGGCGAGUCGGAAGAUGAGGAUCUUCGAAAAGCGAUUGAGAUGUCGCUAGAGUCUGGACCUAAAGAUCAAGAUCAUGAAAUGCCAGAGGUUCCCAUUAAUCGAGAUAAUGCUCUGCCUGCGCCUCCUAAGGAACGGGAACCCUCGUUCAUGUCCGAGAGUGACGACGAAAUGGAUUUCGCCACUGCCCUGGCGCAAUCAAAAAAGCCAGAAAAGGACCCGUCCAAGGAUGCUACGCGUGUGCUCCCCAAUAACCCCUUCGAUGGCCCGCUGCCUUUUGAAUCCAUCAAAUUGAACAAAAAAUCUGAUACAGAACAACCCCGGGAAAAAAAAAUUGAUGACAAUGACGGUGGGUUUGAGAAAGAGCCCACGGAACCGUCCAAGGAGCAGCUAUUACCACCAUGGUUCUCUGGCAAGCAUUUCAAUGCUGAAUUUGUUGCGGAUAGGGUUGAUGAUAGUGCGGUGGAAGCACACCAUGAGAGACAAAUGACUCCAGAUCAUCAGUUUCUGAAGAAUCAUAAGCCUCCCGAAGUCAUUGAUGUUGACGAGCUCUCGGAUUCUAAUGAAGUUGUCGAUUUAGAGGCACCUUCUGUGAAAGACAAGGAUACUGAAGUUACACUGGACCUGUCGCAGCCAGAAAAGGCCGAAGCUUCUACAGUUUCCGCGAAAGACAUAACAGCAGAUGAGGAGACUUACGAAUGGGAAGCUACCGAUGAUGAGAAACCACCCGAGAAUGUUCAAACGCAAUUCUCACGUGCCGAACCAUCGCCAUCACCUGAAUUCGAAGACGUUACAAUACAGCCGGAAGAGAAAACGCCUGACAUUUCCGUAGCAAGGCCAGAAGUGCAAGUCGCGCCUGUGGUUGACCAAGCGGAAAAUUUAUUAGAAGAAGAGGGAUACUUGUCAGACCCUGAAGAUGAAGAUCUCAUGAGACAAUUGGCCGCAGAGGGAGAGGAACAUGCUCGCUUCGCUGCCACAUUGAAUUCAGCUUCAGGUGGUCAGACUGCACUUGACUACGAGCAGGAACUCAAACAAUUACGGUCGCAACAGAAGAAAGACCGCAGAGACGCGGACGAGGUAUCACAGGUCAUGAUUACUGAGUGCCAACAACUAUUGUCUCUUUUUGGCUUGCCCUACAUCACAGCGCCUAUGGAGGCGGAAGCACAAUGCGCAGAGCUGGUCUCGCUGGGCCUCGUCGAUGGCAUCAUCACAGACGACAGUGAUAUCUUUCUAUUCGGUGGUACACGAGUCUACAAAAACAUGUUCAACCAGGGGAAGUUUGUCGAAUGCUAUCUCACAUCUGACUUGGAGAAGGAGUAUGCACUCCACCGGCGGAAGCUCAUCAGUUUUGCCCAUCUACUGGGCAGUGACUACACGGAGGGCAUCCCCGGGGUUGGUCCUGUCACAGCAUUGGAGAUUCUGACUGAAUUUUCGAACCUGGAGGAAUUUCGCGACUGGUGGACACAAGUGCAAAUGGGUGUGAAUGAUCCGGACAACGCCCACGCUGCAUUUCAUAAGAAAUUCAAGAAGAACGCAUCCAAGAUCUUCUUGCCACCCGCUUUCCCCAACAACCACGUCGAUACCGCCUACCUCGAGCCCGAAGUUGAUUCGGACCCGUCUGCAUUUCAAUGGGGUGUGCCCGAUCUACACGGCUUGAGGAACUUCCUCAUGGCCACGAUCGGGUGGAGCCAGGAGCGGACAGACGAAGUCCUGGUGCCCGUCAUCCGCGAUAUGAACCGCAGGGAUCAAGAAGGCACACAGUCCAACAUCACGACAUUUUUCAACGGGCCUCAAGGGGCAGGUGCUUUUGCGCCAAGGGUUCGUUCUGGAGGGAAGAGUCGGAUGGAAAAGGCUUUCAGCCGACUCCGACAAGAGGCUGGAACGAACCAGGAUUUACCAGAGGAAGGGGAGGAUGGAGUUGCGCCAGCUGAUGAACCCUCGGAGAAUAAUGAUAAACGCACCCGAGGACAGGGGAAAGGGAAGGGGAGAGGCACGAAGAGGACGACUACGAGAGACUCACCUGGCACUGGCAACGACGCAACGACCAAGAAGCGGAAAACUCGGCAAGGCACCAGCAAGUAA